AUGAAGGCUGGACGGUGUCGAAUGUUGCCGCUGCUCCUCGGAGUAGCGGCAGCGGCAGCGGCAGUGCAACAAGCUGCUACCUUCGCCUUUUCACAGUCAUCGCAGAUCCUGCGGGGCAUGACUGCUGCAGCUCCACCUCCCUUGCAGGCGCUGACGCCGACUACUGCUGCUUCUGCAGCCUCGGCAGCUGCUGCACCCCAUGGACAUGCCGCUGCAUCCUCGUGUGUGGCUUUUACUGCAGCAGGCACUGCAAUAAGCAGCAGCAGCAAGCACACGCUGGAGGGAGAAGCUAUUCGUGGCUCCCUACAGCCGCUGCGAGGCAUGGUGCUCAUAGAGAAGGUAGAAGCCGAAGCCAAGACGCGGGGGGGGUUGCUCCUUCCUGUCGAGUCUCGAAAGGAGCAGAUCAUCGGCAAAGUCCUCGCCUCUGGCGCGGGGGAAUUCCUCCCAGAAACAGGAAAACGCGUUCCGGUUGACGUCAAUGUCGGAGAUUUUGUUGUGUUUUCCAAGCACUCGGGCGAGAACCUGAAAUAUGAUGGUGCAGAGUGCGUGUUGCUCUCUGCGGAGGAGCUUCUUGCGAAGGUGUUGAACCCUAACACUUGGCAGGCAGCAGACAUCAAGCCUCUCGGUGACACGGUGUUUGUGCGCGUCUUGAAGCCAUCCGAGAAAAGCACUGGGGGGCUGCUGCUGAUGCCUCAGCAACAGCAUCGACUCCUCCAGCAGGCCGAAGUAGUAGCUACCGGCCCUGGGAGGCUCAAUAAGCAGCAGACGCGAAUUCCUGUCGAGGUCUUUCCGGGUGAGCGCGUUGUCUACUCGAGCUACGCGGAGGAAGCCGCGCAGUUGAAAAUCGGAGACGACGUCUUUGCAUUUGUUAGGGCUCAUGAGAUUGCUGCCAAGUGGUAG